AUGAGGCUCAAUGAAAGAAACUCACAAAGAUCAGCUGAGCAAGCUAUGCAAGCCCAAACAACUAAAGGGAACAACUAUGAUGGUGGCAAGAAUAAGAAGGGAAAGGGAAAGUGGAAGAACAAUAAGUGGAAGGGAUCAGGUAAGGGUUCCAACAAUUCUAGAAAUCAUAACCAGAAUGAAGAAACUGACAAGAAAAGUGGAGGGAAUCACAAAGUGGGCAACAAGAAAUUCAACAAGAAAGGGAUUCAGUGUCAUAAUUGUCAGAAAUGGGGACAUUUUGUAGAUGAAUGCAUAAAUAAAAGGGUUCCAAGAAAUGCAGAUGAGGCUCAAUUGGCACAAGAUGAGGAUUUUGACUUUGAUAAAGUGUUACUACUGGCAACUACAAACUCAGAAGAAGACAGUGUUAUCUGUGGUAUCUUGACACAGAUAACAGUUUCUGUAACUGCAGAAGGCAUUGGAAAGGUGAUAGUUCAGAGGAAGGAUGGACAACACUCAUUUAUCAAUGAUUUGCUAUAUGUUCCCAAUAUGAAGAAUAAUUUGUUGAGUUUGGGACAGUUGCUAGAAAAGGGCUACUCAUUACAGAUGGAGGACAGUCAACUGAAGAUGCUGGAUAGCAAUAAGAGGUUGAUUCUAAAGGCCCCUUUGUCAGAUUGCAGAAUUUCAAUGCUUGGCUGCUUUUAUAAGUGA